AUGCCGCCUGUUGGAUUUUUCGCUGAACUACUGUUGAAAUACUCAGGAUGCGUGAGUUCUAAGAGGAGUGGAACUAGCACUUCACCUUUUAAGCCUUUCCUAACUGACAAGCUCCCAAACUACGCAGAAAACUACGUGAACUCUUACGUAUGCGCUUGCCAAGACGACCCAGAGCUGAAAUCCUUUGAUUCUUCGCUUCACCUACAAACCAGCAAUCUGAUCCGCUCGUUCAGUGCUGGCCCACGGAUAGCCAAGUUCAUUAUUGACAGCAAAGAAGAUGUGUUGAAGAACGAAGAACUAAAGUCUUUGGUUGAUCUCUAUUACGAAGAACUAAAGACUUUAAAUCUCUUUAAUACGAUGGACAUGGAUCUUGGAGGAAACAAGAACUACGCGGAUACGUUAAAGGAGCUGAAUAAGGUUAAAGCUAUGGGAGAUCCUUUUGGUGACGAGCUUCUCGAGAAGUUCCCUGAGCUGCAAGUGGAGCUUGAUAAGAAGCAGAAGGACGUAAAGAAAAGGAGGAAACUAGCGACUAUAGUUUUCGGGGCUGCGUUUUUCUCAUUUUCUGUCUUGUCAAUGUAUUUAUGCAUCGUAGUCGCACCUCCAGUGGUGGUUGCGGUUGCGCUUGGAUUGACCAAAACGGUUGGAACCGCAGGGAUAUGGGUCUAUGGGAUGAUGAAAGACUAUGAGGAGGCUUUGGAGUCAAAGAUAGAUUUGUUACGAUUGACGGAGAACAAUACAAAAAGCAACAUUGAAGCGAUGAAGUCGAUUAGAAACCUAGUAGAGAAGCUAAUAAUAAGUAUCUCAUCGAUUUUGAAGACAGUGGAGAGACAAAAGAUGAGGAAGACGUGA